ACGUAUUUAGUCCCCACCGCGGAGUACCAGAAGAGCAAGCUACACUCUGUGAGUGAGUGAUUGAGCGGCGAGUACGCGAGGGAGAGAGGAAGAGAGAGCAUCCAGAGGUGAUCAGUGGUGGGGUGUUUUUUUCAGUCCAAGCAUUACAGUUGCAUAGGACGACUCUCGAUCAUACCGGCAAACUCCAAGGACUGGCAGCAACUGCGGUAUGAUCUAGGUUCGAGGGAUUUGCUAAUGGAUUGUGUUGGUUUAUUGCUCGGUUGGAUUAUUGGACACGGGAAGGCUCCUAGCAAGAAAAGGUUGCCUUUUGCGGGGCAUUGAGGGGAGUGGUGUGGAAAGACCGUAAGCUCAUUAGGAACGACUCGCUGAGUGGAAGGAAAUCUUGUUUGGAUAUAGUCCCAUGCAAUGCUAGGUGGACAUAAACAGACUUGAAAUGCCCAUGAGAAGGAAUAUAUAAAUGCCCAUCCAGCAUCCCAGGGCUCAGGAUUUUAAAAACAAAUUCAUGCCAUGGCUUUACAAAACUCGCAGGACCCUUCUGGGACAAGCAAGAAGAAUCCCAGUCUUAUAGACCUGGGAACAUUUUACGUAGACUCUGAUAUUAUUUUUGGAUUUACAAGCCACCUUUUGAGAAGGAAAGCUAAGGUUGUUGAAGGUUGUCCUAGCAGAGAGACCCCGCUAUCUCUAGAGGUUAAUCCAAGGAAGAGACUUCAGUCAGCGGAGGAGGCUAAAUGCGGCAGCCGACCGCCUCCAGAGGGAGCUGGGUCUGUAACUGUAUCAGAGUCUGGUCCUUUCGAGAGAAGAGAGAAGGGCAACUUCUGCAAAAAAUGUCAGCAGAAAGUCGCAGAACUGAAGAAGCAAGCGCUCGCAUUAGCCGACGCUGGAUCAUUUAAGGAUCCAGGCUUUGCUGCUUUCCUUUUCGACAAGCUCCAAGUGCCUGAGUAUUCACAGAGAGGCCGGAAUGAGGAUGAAAGUCGCUGUGAAAUCUGUGCAGCACACCUCAACCAGCUGAGACACGAAGCUCUCCAGAUGGUCCAAGCUCUUGCCCAGGUGGGCACAAAAGACAUGCCGGACCUCCCACCUUGCAGCGCCUUUUCCAGCAUCCCCCAAAGAGCUGGACCCCAGAGCUUGGUCACUCUCUCCUCUACAAAGGACUGGACCAUGCAGCCGGGCAAGCAACCUGGAAAGUCUCAUUCUGUCCUUUCCACUGCAGACAGAAGGAAAGGUUUGGGCUGGCCACAGGGGGUGAGCAACAUCCCCAAGUCCAGUGUCCAGGUGACUGUAGGGACAGGAGCCCUGACCAGCACGCUGAGUUCUGUCACCAUCCAAGCACAACAGUACCUAGAGGGCAUGUGGAGCAUUUCCAGAGUCAACAACUUCCUUCCUCAGGCAUAUCUGACUUCAACCCCAGGAGGAGAAAAUGGGAAGGAAAGUUUGAGCACAGAGUCUGCCAGUACCAGGGUGAAUACCUGUAUGCAAACAGCUCCUCAGUCCAAUCCUUUGCCUGCAGGUCAGAACAUAGUGGGUCCACCUGCCAUCACCCAAGGAACCUCUGCAGCUGCUUCCUUCUUCAUAAGGGCAGCACAGAAGCUGAAUCUUUCAUCUAAGCGCAAGAAGCACCACCCACCUUUGGCUCAUUCCCAGGAGGCCUCUGUCUACCCAACCAGCUUCAGCGCAAUCCUCCAGUUGUCCCCUCCCCCUGCACCACCAUGCCUUCUCAGAGCUGUGUCAAAGGUCAAGGACAACCCAGGAAUUGGAAAGGUAAAAGUGAUGAUGCGCAUCUGCCCUUCCCAAGGUGGGAACGAAACCUCCGAAUCCAUGUCCUUCCUCAAAGUAGACCCUCGCAAGAAGCAGUUGACCCUUUAUGACCCCUCUGCCAAUGGACACACAAACUCAGGUCACAGGCGAGCUGUUGUGGCAGCCCCAAAGAUGUUCGCCUUUGAUGCAGUUUUUACCCAGGAUGCCUCACAAGCAGAGGUGUGCUCAGGAACAGUAGCUGAAGUCAUCCAGUCUGUCGUGAAUGGUGCUGAUGGUUGCAUAUUCUGCUUUGGUCAUGUCAGACUUGGUAAAACCUAUACGAUGAUUGGGAAGGAUAAUACCACCCAGAACCUGGGCAUUGUCCCCUGUGCCAUUUCCUGGCUGUUCAAGCUAAUCAAUGAGCGCAAGGAGAAGACAGGUACACGCUUCUCCAUCCGGGUAUCUGCAGUGGAGAUCUGUGGGAAGGAUGAGACACUUAAAGAUUUGCUAUCAGAUGUGGCUAGUGGAAGCCUCCAGGAUGGCCAGUCUCCCGGUAUCUAUCUACGUGAAGACCCUAUCUGUGGCACCCAGCUCCAGAAUCAAAGUGAGCUCAGGGCCCCCACUGCUGAAAAGGCUGCCUUUUUCCUUGAUGCAGCCAUCGCUGCAAGGAGUACCAGUAAGCCCGAUUGCGACGAGGAAGACCGGAGAAACUCCCACAUGCUCUUCACCCUGCACAUCUAUCAGUACCGCAUGGAGAAAAGUGGCAAAGGAGGAAUGUCGGGGGGACGCAGCCGUUUGCACCUCAUUGACUUGGGGAGCUGUGAGAAGGUGUUGAGCAAAAGCAGAGAUGGAGGAGGAGGCCUUUGUUUGUCUUUGACUGCUCUGGGCAAUGUCAUCCUAGCCCUGGCCAACGGAGCUAAACACGUACCUUACAGGGACAGCAAGUUGACUAUGCUGCUGAGGGAAUCUUUGGGGAAUAUCAACUGUAGAACUACAAUGAUUGCUCACAUCUCUGACUCACCAGCCAAUUAUGCAGAGACACUCACCACUAUUCAGUUGGCAUCACGGAUACACAGAAUGAGAAAGAAGAAAUCCAAGUAUGCAUCCAGUUCUUCUGGUGGGGAGAGCUCAUGCGAGGAGGGUCGAAUUCGACGACCGCCUCACCUUAGACCAUUUCACCCACGCACCAUUGCCCUGGAUCCAGACCUCCCAACACUAGUCUCCAGUGACCCCGACUACUCUUCAAGUAGCGAGCAGUCCUGUGACACAGUCAUCUAUGUGGGGCCAGGAGGUGCUGCGCUUUCUGACCGAGAGCUCAGUGACAAUGAAGGUCCUCCAGCUUUUGUUCCUAUCAUCCCCUCACUAAACCGGAAACGUUCAAAAGAAGGCCCUUCAGGGCCACAGAGGACUUUUGAUCGGGACCACUUUAAGUGCAACACUUUUGCCGAGUUGCAAGAGCGUCUGGAGUGCAUUGAUGGUAGUGAGGAACCUUCUGCUUUUUCGGUUGAGGAACAUCUGUUUUCAGUGAAUGGGAGUCAGGCUGCCACCAGGACUGAGAGUGGAGCAUCCAAACCAGGGAAAGAAGGAAAUGUACUUGCCCCAUGGACUUCUGUGAAAGCCGCAAAUCAAGAAAGCCUUUCCCCUAAACGACCCCCCUGUUCUCCGGCUACUAGCCAUCCAUCAAGUAGCUCUUCCUUAAAGUCCAAAUUGGAUCAUUCCAAAUGGCCUGCUGGGGUAUCAGAAGGAGAACCCUUGGAUAAUGUGAACCGAACAAGUGCAGAUGGAGAAAAAGUGUUGGUCUCUGAUAAUUGUACAGGUGUAUUGAAACAAAAUGUCACCAUGUUGCAAGAGCAAGCUUCUGAGCCUGUAGUGCGGGAAAAAGUCUAUUUAAACAAAAGGCCGUUGCCAAAGCCUGCACCACCUCCUCCUCAGCUAAAAGAGUCUAGAAAACCUUGUCCUGAGGUCGAGAACAGUAGUGCAACCAGGACACCACCUGUGGGGAUGAGCCACCAAGCUCUGAAAAAAACAGAGUCCAGGAAUUCUCCAAUGCUGGGUAUGGGCCAACCCACAAGCAGAACUCCCAUAGAAGUGAGCCAUUUGCGCUCAACUUUGAGGGGAAAGUGUUUUGAUAGGGAUAUACUGACAACCACAGUAACGCUUCAGCAGCCUGUAGAGCUGAAUGGAGAAGAUGAGCUGGUUUUCACCGUGGUAGAAGAGUUGUCCAUUGGUGGUAUAAUAGACAAUGGACGACCUUCUAGCAUAAUCAGCUUCAAUAGUGACUGUUCCCUGCAAGCCCUUGCCUCAGGUUCCCGUCCAGUAAGUAUUAUCAGUAGCAUCAAUGAUGAAUUUGAUGCAUAUACUUCCCAAGUGGCUGCCUCUGGAGUUAAUAUUGAGGUGGUUACCCCCUUACCAGAAGAACCAUUUGCCUGCACUGGCAGUAGACGUUCUUCUAUCAGUUCCUGGCUCAGUGAAGUGAGUGUGCAAACUUUGGAGACUGAAGGCAGCCAGUCCUCAGACAGCUUUUUACCUAAGUAUUUAGAUCCUGAAGGUACCUUCUGUUUGGAUUCUCUUGGCAUGUUUCAUAAGGAAAUGCUUUCCCCUCAAGACUUCAAGAGCUCUAUGAAUGACAGCGGCUUUUGCUUCUCAGAGUUAGAUAGUGAUAGUGCUGCUUCCAGCAAGCUUUCCUUGAGUAUCAGCAAGUGCCCGCCAUCCCCUGAGUCUACCAAAGCAGCAGCCAAAAGUUCCAAGUCAAAGCUAGCCAAUACUCUCAACACUUCCCAGGUCCCACUGGUUUCUCAAGUUGCUCACUCCAGUCUUCCCAGGAAAAUGAAACCUACCUCAUCAGUCACCCAGAAUAACAGUAGCAUUCAGAAUUGCCAUGAACUCCACCAACAGGAGGGCAAGUCAGACGACCCUUGGCUGCGCCUAGACAGUCAUUUAGAUUCUAAAAUGACUGAUUCAAGUUCUCCUGGCAAACUCCCUAGGAAUGGCACAAGUGUCCCUGCCAAGAAACCAGGUGUGAACAGCAACAGUGUGCCUCGUCCUCCCAAGACACAGGUGUCUUCCUCAUCCCAAAGGGUGGUAGAUGGGUGUGAAAAAUCAAACAGCAAAAAAGCGGAAGCUCCCAGCAAAAUGCCACAGCUCAAAAGAGGGGCUACUACACUUGGCACAGUUCCAGUUAUCCACAGUUCUUCAGAUUCCAGAGGAAGUCAAGAUAGUACUUUGGGAAUGGGCAGCCUGAAAUUCUCCUCUUUGGGGAAAAAGACAAAUGUACAAAAAGCUAGCUUGCUUCCAAAGCCCGGUGGUACCUCACCUCCAGCUCCUCCUGUUCGCAAAUCUAGCCUAGAUCAGAAGAACCGGGUUUUGUUGCCACCCAGUGCCUUAAAACCUGUAGGACUAGAUGCAGGAAAAUCCACAGCACCCAAGGCAACAGCUGCAGAAGAUGAGUUUGAGGUGAGGUUCAAAGUUGACUCCAGUAGUCACAAAACAUCUAGCUUAAAGUCUGACUAUGGUUCAGCCAAAGCCACAUCAAGUCUGAAGCAACGUACAGCUAAAACAGACACUGGGCAGUGGUAUGGCAGCCAGAUGUCUCUUGAGAGAUGUGACAGCUUAACUUCAGUGGGUUCCAAAUCGCUACUUUGCAGAGAGAAUAGUGGUUCCAGCUUGGGCAGCAACGGCAAAUCCAGCAGGUCAGUGCCACGGCUUGGAGUGCCACCCCCUGCUUCCACCCCGACUGCUACCUCCCCACCUCCUUGUGCAGCACUGGGACCCUCAGGCAAGACUGGGCCAAUCAAAGGCAGCGUGAACCCCAAGGUAGUCAGUAUCAAUGGAAACAAGACCCGCACUUUGUCAGCUAGUAGCUCUAAAUCCCUUAGUUCCUCUACCAAAUCUCUUGCCCCAUCAACAACACGGACUGCCAACCUACCUCCCAAUGGGAAGACGCCUCCUCGGUCAGUACCAGGGGUCAAUGGGAAGCCUGGAAGAGGCACGAUCAUGGGUACAAAGCAAGCCAUCCGGGCAGCUAAUAGUCGAGUCAGUGAGCUAGCGUCUGGGGGCUCUGGCAAACACUUCAGAAGCUCAGGGGACUCGGACAGUGGCAAUGAUAGUGGCGUGAACCUCAGUGACGACAAGUCACCUAUUCCAAUGUUGCCUUCUCCAUAUAGCAAGAUUACAGCACCCAGAAGGCCACAGCGCUAUAGCAGCGGACACGGUAGUGACAACAGUAGUGUACUAAGUGGGGAGCUGCCUCCAGCAAUGGGUCGAACUGCCCUAUUCUACCACAGUGGGGGCAGCAGUGGUUAUGAGAGCAUGAUUCGGGAUAGUGAAGCCACAGGCAGUGCCUCUUCUGCUCAUGACUCCAUGAGUGAAAGUGGAAUGUCGUCUUCAGGCCGUACCAGGACAUCCAAAUCCCCAAAGAAGAGGUCAAAUGGUCUCCAACGGCGGCGACUGAUCCCAGCACCUUUGCCAGACACAUCCUCUCUGGGCAGGAAGCCCAGCACCACAGGUCAGUGGGUGGACCUACCACCCCUGCCUGGGACUCUGAAGGAGCCCUUUGAGAUCAAGGUCUAUGAGAUUGAUGACGUUGAACGACUGCAGAGGCAUCGACAUGAAGAUCCAACAGAGCCAUUCCAGGAUGUUGAAAAGGGCCUGCUGUAUUUCAACACCAAACUAAAGAUGCUUGAGAGACGGCAGCAGCAGAUCAGGGACGUGAAGGCAAAACACGAGAUGUUGAAAGAAGAGCUGGAGAACACAAAGCAGAGGCUGAUGAUGGAUCCUGGCAAGUGGAUAGGAGAGUUUGAGGUUGAUCCGGACCUAGAUAAGGAAUCACAGGAGUAUUUGGAAGCCCUGGAACAAGUCACGGAUGAGUUGGAAUACUGUGUCAACCUAUGCAAGUCACGAGUCAUGAUGGUGACCUGUUUCGACAUCGGGGUGGUCUCCAAUGUGCAAGACGGUCCGCGGGAAGUGGAGGUGUGAAAGGAUGAAUUGAACAAGUGGAAAAGAAAGGAACCGGAAUGGUGCCAACCAGGAAGAAAAGAAGCAAGCAGUGAGCCCCCAGCCCAUAUGAAAGUUAACAAAAACACAAAUGCUUAGAGGGUCUUGAUUUGGAGGUAAUGGCGUUUUUUCCGAUUAAGGAAAUCUGGUGCCUCAUACCCUUAAACUAAUUUGGAUGGAGUGUGACUCAUCAAGCCGCAAAGCUUUUCUGUUUACUGCAUGGCAAGCAAGAAGCGCAACACAAAACAAAGAAGAUACAUUCAAUGAGACCUGAAAGUGCCUUUUUUUCUUAAAGACUGAUUUUAAGUACAUAUUUUUUUGGUAUUGGUGCUAGUAUUUAAAACCAGCAUACCUAAGCAACCCCUAAACAUAUUCCUAUUGGAAAAAAAGCUUAUUUUAUAUUGUAUUGUAUAGUGUAUUUAUAUGAUUAUACAGUAUGAAAAAAAAUAUCAUUUUAGGUUAAAAAAAGCAUAAAGAAAAAAUAGAAGCAAUAAGAUAAACAUUAUUGCAUCUCAGACUUUGCCUUUUCUCAUUUAAAAACCUCAGUCAAAUUAUGUCCAUUAUCAUUAAACCUUUCAAAAGUAAGGUUUCUUUUUUAUAUAUUGUUGUUAAUUUUGUAAGGAGUUUCACACUUACAGAGGCGGAUCUUUCUGCACUGGUUUGUUGUUGUCACAAUUCCAGUUACUGUCAGAGUGAAAUAAUAGCUGCCUAUUUGCAAAUCUCUUUGGUACAGAACUGUUGAAUACAAUGUUUUCCUUUCUCUCAGUUGCCUUGAACAUAACUUCCAACAGACCUUAAUUACAGUGGGAAAAGAUGCUGUUUUGAAGACCCUGCAGUCUUGUUUAAGAUCCAUCUGUGGAAGUCCGUUAAUCUCCACCAGAGCCUUCUUUACAGUGUGCAUCACAAUAGGAGGCUGUUUGAUUCAUGAUGUGACAAGACACUGUGUUGGGAAAAAGUACACUUUGAAGUCACCCUGAAAUAUAUCUUUAUAAAUAUUUUAUUUGCAUGAUGUACUGCUAAAUUCUACAGGGCUGCCAGGAUAUAACUUUGCUUGGAAGCAUACAGAAAUUUUACUAGUAUAUCUUGAUAACCAUAUAAGUCACACUACGAAACAGUGGAAUUUAUGCCUUUAACUUACUGCAGUGAGUUAACAAGGGUACAGAUGAGAUACAACCAGAAUUGCAAGUCUAAGCCCAUGGUGGUGGUUUACUGCACUGAAGUGCUGUUUUGCUCUAUGCACUCCAUCACUCUUGCUCCUUGUAAGAACCUCAAAACUGAUAGGGAAAGCACAGUUUUUUGUGUGUCAGUCAUGCCCAGCAAAAGCAGCUGCUGGCUUCUGGCCAAAGUAAAGUGUCAGAGCAUGAGCUUGGCUUUUUCUUCUGACUGUUUUUUUUUAAAGCUCAAUUGCUGCCUAUAGUUCUGAACAGGUAAGUACAUUUUGUACUGCCUCUUCUGCUAAAGUUAGCCUCAGAACAGCUGUGGCAUGUUUUGAUAACUGGCAGUUUUCUGUCUGACUUUACAGUGACAAGGGCAUGCCAGUAAUUACUGCCGGAAUUUAAGUGUUUGAGUGCAACAAUUCAAUUGGAACUCUCAUGUACUGGCUUCUCAAACUAAGGGGAAAAAUCAUUUCAGAAUUUUCUGCAAAAUGUAGCUGCCAGUACAUUUUUUUUCUACAAUAAAACGUUUUCAGACAUUUAGGUUAUGAACCAAUUUGUGAUAUCCAGUGGAUUAUUACAAAGCUUGAUUUUGUCCUGUUAAACGUUCCUGAUAUGUUUUUGUUUUUUGUUUUAAGGAAAUAUCUCUCAGGCCCUUUCUUAAGAUGCUGCAUGAGAUUAUUUUUAAUUAUUAUUGUGUUUUUUUUUUUAAAUUGAAGCCCAGUUCUUUUCUAUUGUGUUUAAUAACAUGAACUGACAAUUUGCCAAACUGAAGAUUUCUUUAAUUUAGCAAUGUAUGUGAUGUCACAUUUCAUAUCAAAUCAUAUUUUCUAAUGUGGUAAUUUGUUUUUGUAUAGGGUUUUCAGAUCCUUUGUAUAAAUGUAUAUUAUGGCAUCUUGCAUCGGCUUUUA